AUGAUCUCAGAUGAACAGUUGAACACCUUGGCCAUCACUUUUGGUGUCCUCAUGAUGACUUUGAUUGUCAUUUACCACGCCAUUGACUCCACCAUGUCCUCUAAGAACUGA